AUAUGGAGGAAAGGGGUGGAAAAGGGGAAAUAUAAUAUUAGUCACAAAGAAAAAAGGCUUCAAUGUCCAAUACUCUUAGUCCACCGCCAGUCAAGUGUAGCAUCACAUUUGGAUUGGCCAAUACCCCUUAGUGACAGAGUGGAGCAGCUUUAGACCUAGGGCCCUCUUUUUCAAGUCCAACAGUUGAGAUGGAUUCAAUGAUGGGACAUAGACUGGCAUGAAGACAAGAUGCUGAACAUCCAGGCGUUAUCAUCACCAAGGUUAUGAAGCCUUGAAUCGCAUAUGACCCAGGCAGACCAAAUGACCCAGGCGAGAGGGAGAGAGGCCGUAAACAGAGGCAGAAGAGGUAAGGUCAAUGAGGGAGACAGGAAAAGACGAAGACAUGAGAACAAGGAAACGGAGCUGAAGGCGCAGUCAGGAGCCUCAUUGCAGCAGAGGACACUUGUUACACCAGUUUUGCCGCUCUGGGAAUGGGACCAGAAACCAUAAGCAAGAAAAACUUUGCCUACUUUCGGGUCUUCCCACUCCGAAGACAUCUCUUCAUCCAAAGGGAAUAAACUUUUCCUCCAAGCAAAAAAGGAACAGGUUUAUGAAAAUCACAAAUGGGAUAACUUCUAGGUGCGUCUCUGGGGCCCUGGUGUAUGGAGCUAAAAGGUGUCGGCGCAGGCAGAGAGGUUUACUGGUUUCCAUCAGUUACAAAUGGCAAAGUGGUUCAAGGAGUUCCCCAUCAAUCUAAAGAAUGGUACCGACAGGAUCCGCUCAGCGUCAGAAUCAGGCUCUCAACCAAGAGCCAGUAAAGCCGGGCUUGUGGCCAGCAUAGGUACCAAAACCACCAGCUCCAAAACGGGUCAUCGUAAAAACUCCUCUGCAGACAGCACAGGUGGAGGAGGUGGAGGGGGAGUUGGGUCUCUACUGUCUGGAAGAAACCGCAAGAACUCAGCCACAGAGUUAAGUAGAAACGGUGUAAGCUCCCCGAAAGAUGGAAAAGUUUGGGACAACCUCCUGUCUGGGAAAAGUCGCAAGAACUCCAAAGCUGAGCCCGUGUUUGAGGAGCAGCACAGAUCCCUGAAGAGCUCUGCAUCUGCCAAUGCCUACAUCAACCGGCUGAUCAGAGUGGACAAACAGGACAAAAGCCCCAACUUCAACAACGGUACCAUCACCAACCAAGUAUUACCCGAAGCAGAAAAGGCCCAGUGCAAGACAGAAACUGUGAUAAUUCUUGAGGACUAUGCAGAUCCCUUUGAUGCUCAGAAGACCAGAGAGCAAAGGGAGGCAGAGAGGGUUGGGGAGAACGAUGGUUACAUGGAGCCUUAUGAUGCCCAGCAGAUGAUUACUGAGAUCAGACAUCGAGGAUCUAAGGACCUGCUGAAGGUGUGUGUGGUGAUGGAGGGGAGUGAUGGAUUAGUGAAGGAAGGUCAGCCCACACCUCCACAGAUCUAUGACAUCCCAUAUGAGGGGAAUGGUGACAGUGACAAGACAGCAAACACACGGCCAGAGCUGGACACCCGUCCCUCCACUGAGUACGAGCUGCCCUGGGAGUGGAAGAAGGAGCUCGUUGUCAAAACUCUGUCAGCACAGUUUGACAGCCCAGCCAAAGAUGAAACGCCUCACCCCACGCUCACCAGGCACGCACCAGCCCAACCACAGUCGCAACAUCAGCAUCUGAGGCAGAAAAGCUGGACUCAGAAGAUCCUGCGAUCCUCCCCACCCACUCUGUUGCCUUCAUCCACACAAGGCAGCAACCCUGACACUGAGGUGUGCAGUGUGGACCCCUCCCUGCCCCUGGAAAAACAGAGCUGGUACCAUGGGUGUAUGACGCGCCAGGAGGCAGAGUUUCAGCUGCAGUCCUGCAAAGAGGCCAGCUUCCUGGUCAGGAACAGUGAAUCGGACAACAGCAAGUACUCCAUUGCCCUCAAGACGAGCCAUGGCUGUGUUCACAUCAUUGUUGCCCAAACCAAAGAAAAUGGCUACACCCUGGACCAGAGCAGCUGCGUGUUUCCCAGCAUCCCAGAGGUGGUGCACCAUUACUGCACUCAGCGUUUGCCUUUCAAUGGUGCAGAGCACAUGACCCUGCUGCACCCAGUGGCGCGCAUCCACUGACUCCACCCCAGCCCAGCUUAGAUAUAUUAAACAAACACACCUCUAGGCCUAAAUGGACAAAAUGUUCCUAGAAAUUGGUCAUGACCUCACCUCUAAUCAGUGAAGCUCACUGUGUACUUUGACUAGCAGGCCUCUCUUUCUUACUUAUUUGCAUGACCCUGUGUUUAUUAUUUUUGUCAUCAGAAAUUGUUUGUGUCUAGAGGCUCUCAAUGGCCUCUUCUGUCUUUAAUUGACUUUGAAGUGCAGCUGAUGCAAAACAUCGAGGCUGCUGUUUUGCAUGUGAACAAGGAGUAAGCAUAGUGGAGAUGACGAGACACUUUUAAUGAUCAAAUGUGACUUGCAUUGGGAUUCGAAUGUGAGUCAGACAUAGAUGUGUUAUUUUAGUUAUCCACUGUUGCUUCAUUACAAGUGGCAUUUGCUAUUUUUGUUAUUGUUACUAAGCAAAAUGUCUUAAAAGCAGAAAGUCCCUUAGACAGUGAUUUGUGGCUCUCUUUCCCCCUCUAGUGGAUAUACCCAUGCACUGCACCAACUCAUCAACAAAGAACUUCCUUCAUUCCUCAGAGUUUAUAUUUGGUAAAAACCAUGCACAGUUUCUCAUUCCACUUAUCAAGGAAUCAACAAAGACCAGCUAUUUUAUGUUUAUGCUUGGAGCAGAUUUGUAAUUUAUGAUUUCAUACUUGCCAGUUUUCAGUAACUGCUGUCCCUUGAGGAUUUCCUGUUCUACUGUGAAUGAGGGAUUUGUUUCCACUGUAUUAUGUUGCACUGUGAAGAGUGAGUGAUUCACCCUGAUACAAUGUGCUUGAAGGGAAAAUGACUUUACAAUAGUUUGAGUUUUUUAUGACAAGAACUGAGAUUAAAUUUCAUCUUCAACACGCCCAUAAAACAGUCUUGCAAGUUAUUGUGAUUUAUGAUAAGGAAACACUGUAAAAUUAAUGUCUUAAGUAAGUUUUCUUUAGGUCUACA